AUGUCUACUCAAUCUCAUGGCCAUCCCGCGACGUCUCGGGCGUUCCCCGCCUUCAACCCUGUUGCCGCGGUGGCAGCUCCCGCGGGGACCUUGCUUCCGGGUACCAAGAUCCAGGUUGGCAGCCACCGCGUGGUGGUUGAGAAGUAUCUUUCAGAAGGUGGUUUCGCUCAUGUCUACGUGGUGCGAUUGCCUCAGCCAGUCAAUGGCACUGAUACCGCUGUCCUGAAGCGGGUUGCCGUCCCCGACAAGGCGGCGCUGGCCAACAUGCGCACCGAGGUGGAAACCAUGAAGAAACUGAAGGGCCACCGACAUAUCGUGAAAUACAUUGACUCACACGCCUCACAGCUGCGCGGAGGCGGGUAUGAAGUGUUCCUGGUCAUGGAGUACUGCGCCGGCGGUGGGCUUAUCGACUUCAUGAACACCCGGCUUCAGCAUCGCCUGACGGAGCCGGAGAUCGUGAAGAUCUUCUCUGAUGUCGCGGAGGGUGUUGCUUGUAUGCACUAUCUCAAGCCGCCUCUUCUUCACCGCGACCUGAAGGUCGAGAACGUCUUGAUCUCUGGCAAGGGGUCUUCUGCUACCUACAAACUGUGUGAUUUCGGAUCAUCAGCGCCCCCUCGUCCAGCUGCUACGUCUGCUGCGGAAGGGAGACUAAUCGAAGACGAUGUACAGCGUCAUACAACGCUGCAGUAUCGCAGCCCUGAGAUGAUUGAUGUUUAUCGCAAGCAACCCAUUGACGAGAAGAGCGACAUCUGGGCCCUUGGUGUGUUUUUGUACAAGCUCUGCUACUAUACAACACCCUUUGAAGAGGUCGGCCAGAUGGCUAUCCUAAACGCAACCUUCAAAUACCCCUCCUACCCCUCAUUUUCGAGUCGGUUGAAGCUAUUUAUUGGCACGAUGCUGAAAGAGGACCCACGCAAUCGACCCAAUAUAUACGAGGUCGUUCGCGAAGUAUGCAAAAUGCAAGGGAAGGACGUUCCUAUCACAGACAUAUACUCCAACCGCUCUCAUUCCGAAGCGCGCAAAAACCAAGAACUACCCCCUACCCCAACCGAAGCUCCUGCGCCCGGCGCAAAGUUCUCGCCACCAGUGCAGGAAACGGAGAUUAUUCCAGAAAUCGCGCCUAUGCGCCGUGGACGACCAGGAAAAUCACAGGCAUCUGAUAUUGGCUCUUCGCGACCAAGCCCCUCGCCGUACAGAGCAGGUGCUGGCAGUUCCUCGAGUGAUCCAUUCGCCGCUUUGGAUGACGAUGGCACUCGGAAGAAGGCAGCAGAAGAGGCAGCCAGACGGUUCCCAUCGUUGGAUCAAUUUGACAUACUACACGAAAAGGGUGACAAAUUUGAGUUCGAGCGGACAGUUGAACCGCAAGUCGAGGAUGAGGAUCUUUCGCAGAGGCUCACUAACGCCUUGGCCGAUGAUGCCUUCGCUCGCCGUGCCUCGCCUGAACGUACGCCGAAUCCAGUAUACAAGCGACCCUCCCAAGCUUCCCCUGUACGAGCUCCCGUAUCCCGCGAAACCCCCCGACAGGCAACGCCUCUAUACCAGCCUACUCCGCAGCGACCUGCAAUGGUAUCAACAGGCACUAUGACCUCACCCGCUCCAACGCCCCGCUUGAACGAACCGAAGAUAUCCAAUCGCCCAAUUUAUCGGUUCCCUCCGGAUAAUGAACAGCGAUCCUCUAGUCAGCCUUGGACUGCUGAGGAGGAACAAAGAGUGGCUAGAUCUCACCGCGCGCGUUCACCUCCUGCAUCAAAAUUCAAGCCGGAAGAAAGCCCGCGGUUGUCAGCCGAUCGGAUUUCUACUCACCCCAGCUCCGCCCGCCCCUCAAUGGAAACCUUGAGACGGCCGUCGACAUUGGAGGUGGGUGAUCAUCACGCGGCCCGUUCCAAAUCUGCCGUUGGCAAAGGUCGACCCUUGUCGGUGCAAUCCGGGGCGAGAUACGACAUCCCGCGUGAUGCCGAGAGCCCGCGGGCCUCGCUGGACAUGUCUCGGAUGCAGUAUGAGGGCGGGGCGCCCUUGCGCUCAGUCCGCACGGAAGUGGACCGCGAGUCCGAUCGGGCCAAUAUUUCAUCUGAUAUGGAUUACCUGCGAGCAAUGGAGGAAGAGGAAAGUAACCGCAAGCGUGAGAAGCGCUCCAGCGGCAGCCACAAACACAACAAGCGUGGCAGUCUGUCCACUUUGUCUCUUUCAGGGGGCAAGAACCUGUUCGCUGGUCGCUUUGGCGAUGCGUUCCGCCGAUUCGAGGCUGGCAACCAGGAUAAGCCUUCGACACCGUCAGCGGAAGAAGCACCCCAACAGAUGCUAAUUGGGGUGUCUGAUUCAGGCGAUGAUUCCAACUCUCCCACCAAUGAAAUUGCGCUCGAAGAUCCGGACCGCGACGACAUUUCUCCCGAGAUGCGGCGAGAAUUGGAACGCCGCCGACUCUCCCAGGAGGAGAAACGAGUGGCUCAAGCCGCGGCUGAAUACCGGCGCCGGGUCGCCGACAAGGGAGAUGGAGGUGGCAGAGCACCAGGCGAUGGUCCUCGUUCACGGACUAUACAAAACAAGGUGCAAUCGCUGUUUGCCGAGUCUGAAAAGCCAGCCGGUCCCAAGACCGCUACUGGCUAUGGUCGGUUCACGGAGACUUCCUCUUCUUUGCAGGCAAAGCAGAGCGAGGCAACCUCCAAACCUCCUGCCCAAAUCCCUACCUCCCGGACCCCUGGCCCUGUCUACAGUGCGCGUGAGAGCACAAUGUCACCUCCCGAUCGCCGGGACGGCGCCAGCGCUCCCGCGGGGCUUCAACAGUCCGCCUCCACUGGAUAUCAGUCGACUCAACGCUCUGCUGCUCGCCCAGUGGCGCCCCCGAAGCCUAAGAAUCUGCGAGUCGGCGGUGAGACCUCUCGACCUGGCACCGGUAACGACAAUCGUCCUCCUUCUCAGUCGACCCCGCAAAGCCCCGGAGAGGACUGGGAGGCCAAUUUCAGCAAGCGGUUCCCCAGUCUUUCUGGAAUUGAGAUGGAGACUGAGAUUGAGAUCCCGAAGUUCCCAAGUUUGAGGACACGGGAAGUCUGGGGCUGUCGCAGUAGCCGUAGUUUCGGUGGUGUCACCGCCUUUGUUUCUCCCCGCAAGAUCGAGAGAAAUCCCAUUUCAUGUUCCCAAGCACAUCACUUCGUUUGA